GGUGGGCAACCGUGGCCCUCCAGCUGUUGGUGAACUACAAGUCCCAUCAUGCCUCUGCCUUUGGGAGUCAUGCUUGUAACUGUCAGUUUUGCAAUGCCUCAUGGGACUUGUAGUGCUACAACAGCUGGAGGGCCACAGUUGCCCACCCCUGUAUUAAGAACUACAAGUCCAUGAGGCAUUGCAAAACUGACAGUUACAAGCAUGACUCCCAAAGGCAGAGGCAUGAUGGGACUUAUAGUUCACCAACAGCUGGAGGGUCACAGUUGCCCACACCUGCCCUAAACUGACUCUUUCUGAAACCUCA